CGGGGCGGGGCCGGCGAGCCCCGGCCCGCCUUCAAGCGCUAUAAAGUUCCUCUUUCUCACUUAGACCUCGCAGUUUCACCACUUGAACUUGGGACCAGGCACCACACUCAGCUCCGAGCCGGGAGCGAGCCCGAGCGAAAGCGCGGCAAAGCGGGAGGCGACGGGGCAUGAACUUGGAGGGCAGCGGCCGUGGCGGUGAGUUCGGCAUGAGUUCCGUGAGCUGUGGCAACGGGAAACUCCGCCAGUGGCUGAUCGACCAGAUCGACAGCGGCAAGUACCCAGGGCUGGUGUGGGAGAACGAGGAGAAGAGCAUCUUCCGCAUCCCCUGGAAGCACGCGGGCAAGCAGGACUACAACCGCGAGGAGGACGCCGCGCUCUUCAAGGCUUGGGCACUAUUUAAAGGAAAGUUUCGAGAAGGCAUUGAUAAACCAGACCCUCCUACCUGGAAGACACGUUUGCGAUGUGCUUUGAACAAGAGCAAUGAUUUUGAGGAAUUGGUUGAGAGGAGCCAGCUGGAUAUCUCAGAUCCGUACAAAGUCUACAGGAUCGUUCCCGAGGGAGCCAAAAAAGGAGCAAAGCAGCUCACCCUGGAGGACCCCCAGAUGGCCAUGAGCCACCCGUACACCGUGGCAGCUCCUUACCCUUCACUGCCAUCUCAGGUUCAUAACUACAUGAUGCCGCCCCAUGACCGAAGCUGGAGGGAGUAUGUCCCUGAUCAGCCACACCCAGAAAUCCCCUACCAAUGUCCUGUGACGUUUGGGCCCCGCAGCCAUCACUGGCAAGGCCCCACUUGUGAAAAUGGUUGCCAGGUAACAGGAACCUUUUAUGCUUGUGCCCCACCUGAGUCCCAGGCCCCUGGAAUCCCCAUAGAGCCAAGCAUAAGGUCUGCUGAAGCCUUGGCGCUCUCAGAUUGCCGGCUCCACAUUUGCUUGUACUACCGGGAAAUCCUGGUGAAGGAGCUGACCACGUCAAGCCCUGAAGGCUGCAGAAUCUCCCAUGGGCACACCUACGAUGCCAGCAACCUGGACCAAGUUCUUUUCCCUUAUCCAGAGGACAGUGGCCAGAGGAAAAAUAUAGAGAAACUGCUGAGCCACCUGGAAAGGGGUGUGGUCCUCUGGAUGGCCCCCGAUGGGCUCUACGCCAAAAGACUUUGCCAGAGCAGGAUCUACUGGGAUGGGCCCCUGGCCCUGUGCAGUGACCGGCCCAACAAGCUGGAGAGAGAUCAGACCUGCAAGCUUUUUGAUACACAGCAGUUCUUAUCAGAGCUGCAAGCAUUUGCUCAUCACGGCCGCUCCCUCCCGAGGUUCCAGGUGACUCUGUGCUUUGGUGAGGAGUUCCCAGACCCUCAGAGACAGAGGAAGCUCAUCACAGCUCAGGUUGAACCUCUACUAGCCAGACAGCUAUAUUAUUUUGCUCAACAAAACAGUGGACAUUUCCUGAGAGGCUAUGACUUACCCGAACACAUCAGCAGUCCAGAGGAUUAUCACAGAUCCAUUCGCCACUCCUCCAUUCAAGAAUGAAACAUUUCAAGACAAGUGAUUUUUGCUUCCUUGUAAAUAUCUGACUUAUGGCAAGAACAACUGAUUGACCCCCCUUUUUCCUUUUGAGGAACUUGGAAAUGGGGGCUUUGGGUCAGCAGUUGAGGAAAAUCUCCAGCAAGUUUAUGUUUAGAACAUCAGAUGUGUCUGAUUGACAAUGAGCUUAUUAUUGCAGAAGAAGCGGUGGUCUUCCACCUCUGACUGGAUGAGAUCCAUCUUCUGUAGAUUGCCAUCAUUGGUGAUAACUGUGAACAUCAACCAAACACCAUGUUUACAUUUACUUACAUGCUCUCUGUAAUUUGGUCUUGGUUAUUUCUUGCUUGAGGGCUGAGAAAACUUGCAUUCCAUUAUUGACUUCUAACUAGAGUUAGUGUUGUACCAUUUUUCAGGGAAGUAGAUUCUAAAUUUGAGGUUAUUUUGCUCACAAAAGAAAUUUACUGAUAUAUGUAGGAGCUAUAGUUAUUGUGAAAAAUGCUUGCUGAUAGAAGGAAAUGGAAUCUUUUGACUUGGUUUCUCUCCUUGGGCUCCCCUGAAAGUCAGUUGGUAGAUUCUGUUGCUAUUCUUUUGAACCAAAAAGCAUUAGGGCUCCCUUUGGGUGGGACAUUUUUGUUGGUCCUACAACGAAGUAAUUGCUGGUUAAAAUAUUUUUGUUUGUCUUUUUGUCUUUCAUUCUUCAGAGAUUAUUGCUGAAACAUUUUUCUUAAAAAGAAAAUCAACAGCCCAAGUGCUAAAGAAUCUCGAUGACAUUUCCCCUCUUAUCCUGCCUGUUUUGUUUGGCUUCAGUUACUAUCCAUGGCAACACUAAAGAGGAGCCAGUGUUUUACAAAUUGGUGAACUCUGUUAAGAAAAAUGAUGACAGGAUUUAACUUGUUGCAUAAUUGCAGAAUCAGUGGGUUGUUUUUGCUUAUGUUUGUGUAUUACAUGCUUCCUCAUACCGUUAAUGGUUUGACAGGACCUUGAAAUUACUGGGCUUUUUCUAAAUAUGUCUUUUUAUAGCAUCACAGAGAUCUCCACUUGCUUAAGGAAAUCUGAUCACUUACAUUUUUGUUGUUGAUUUUGGAACAGUGUAGAUACUCAGACUGUGAUGUUGGGGUUUCAUUACUUUUCUCAUAUUGCAGAAUAAUUGCUUUUACUUUCAGGCUCAACAAAAGACUUGAUAGUUCUCAAAUACAUGCCACCCCUAAAUGCCUGUUUUUUUUAAAUUCACUGAACAAACAUUAAUUAAAUGCUUACCGUGUUCCUUGCAUUAUACAAUUACAGCCCUCAUCAAGUGGCUUAUAAUUCAGCAGGCCUUUGGGACUUCAUUUUGUUUUUUCAUUGUUAAAAGGAGUUUUCAAUUAUAAAAUAAUACCUAUUAAUUACAGCAGAUGUAAACAGUAUAGAAGGGUUAAAAAAAGAAAGUGUCUCCUUUUUUCCCACUCCAAAUCCUCCUCCCUUGAGGUGCCCACGUUAACAGAGUUUUAUUCUUGUAGGCAUUUUACUUUUCUAUAAAUAUUCAGAAACUUAAAAAAAAAACCAACCUCAGGGAUCAUCUUAAACAUACUUUUAUGCAGUGCCAUUUUUACCUAAUGGUUUUUGUUGGGCAUUCCUCCAUAAUAAGAAUACAGACUUACCUCAUUCUUUUAGAGGUGUAGUAAAGUUCCACAGUGACCAGCAGCAUACUCACUAUGGUUUAAGAUAGUUCAUUAGCCACUCAGAAUGAGUACGUUUAGUGAACUGCAGUAACUUA